AUGGGCAUGGGACUUCUCAUUUCACUGUUGACGAACUCUGCAGUCAUUCUCAUUUCUGCUACUACUGUGCUAUCUACUAUGUUGAUAUUCAAUGACGAGGAUCUGGUGUCCCUUGAGGGCUGCAUUAGGAUAUUUGUCUAUAUCAACAUAUUGAACAAAGUUUCACUGCAGAUUUAUCGUCUCUCCCCCAAAGUUAUCAAUCUGCUUCUGGAAGCCAUUCAAAAUGCGAUUCGACAAAAUUACGCUUGCGGUUUCCUGGAACAGAUUAUUGCAAUGAUAACAUUUGGGACCGCAACGGUUGUCACGACUUUUAUGAUGACAGGGAAACUACGUAGGCAAACGAAGGAGAGCAAGGAUGACGAUCCAUUGGAUUUUAGUGUGAUUAGUCUGAACAUGAAGGAAAUGUGGGUGAACCCUGCUUAUGUAAUUCCAGCAAUAAGCCAGUUUUCAACACCCCGAACCCAAUAUUCGCCUACCACCUUAUCAGCCCCUUAA